CCACCAAAACCAUAUUGCAUGUAGUUAAGUUCCCUCUCUUGACAGACGCAUUUGUUUGCUGUGGUUUAUUCUGCCUCGUAUCAAAUAAUUUGCGCUGUCACAUACCUCUGUUACCGAUACCUUCCAAGAAUACGAGUUGUUAUUUAUUUAACCAGUCGUAGUGAAACUUUUGCACUGUUUGUUUGUUUCGCUGAACUGCGCGCGCCCCGUCGUGAGGAUGCACAGCUCUCAGAAGGACACCACAUACACCAAGAUCUUCGUCGGAGGUCUUCCGUAUCACACCACCGACUCCAGCCUCAGAAAAUACUUUGAAGUGUUUGGAGAAAUCGAGGAAGCUGUUGUCAUUACAGACAGACAAACUGGAAAAUCCAGAGGCUAUGGUUUUGUGACGAUGGCUGAUCGAGCUUCUGCAGAAAGAGCCUGUAAGGACCCAAACCCCAUCAUAGACGGUAGAAAAGCCAACGUUAACCUGGCGUACCUGGGGGCCAAACCACGGAUCAUGCAGCCAGGAUUUUCAUUUGGUGUCCCUCAGAUACACCCCACAUUCAUCCAACGGCCUUAUGGAGAUAGUGAGGAUGAGCAUUCCCCAUUACUGUAUCCUCCCCCUUUCCGCCAGGUUAUGAGGAUUCCUGCUCACUAUGUGUACCCGCAGGCGUUCAUGCAGCCGAGCGUGGUGAUCCCGCACGUCCAGCAGUCGGCGGCGUCAGCGGCGGCCGCAGCCUCUCCGUACCUGGAUUACACCGGCGCCGCGUACGCGCAGUACUCCGCCGCUGCUGCCGCCACCGCCGCCGCCGCUUACGACCAGUACCCGUACGCUGCCUCGCCCGCCGCCGCGGGCUACGUCUCCACGGCCGGCUACGGGUACGUCCAGCAGCCUCUCGCGUCUCCGGCGCCCGGGGCCACGGCGGCAGCCUUCGCUCAGUACCAGCCGCAGCAGCUCCAGACGGACCGCAUGCAGUGACACCCAGAGGAGGAAACCUGGUCCUUUGACCAUUCGUGACUGUGCCACUUUUUACCGUGUCUGUCAGCCAAAGAAACUUUUUUUAUUGUUCCGUUAUUGUGAUUAUUAUGUUCUCGUCAUUUUAUUUGUAGUAUUUAAUAUUUAUUACGGAGAAGAAAGCUGUAGGCUGUAGCUUGUCAAACAUGAUGCUGUUCAUUAACUCUAAUCUAGUUUCUUUAUGUACAAGUAUUUAAGGAUUAUUCUCACCCUCAUGUCACUAAAAAAACCUUACACAAAAUGAGUAGCUCUUUACAAUAAGGUCUCAUUAGUUAAUGCAUUUUCUAAAAUGAAAUAACAACGAGCAAUUCAUUAAUAUUUGUU